AUGGCUUCUUCCGACGCCGAGUGUGAGUCGGAUUUGGAGGAACAGGCCCGAUCGUUGACGACUUGUUCCAUAUGCAUGGACCAGUUCACGAACCCCAAGGUUCUUCCAUGUCAUCAUACGUUUUGUUUGGUCUGUCUGAAGAAUUGUUACGAAUCUGUGAACAAGACUCGUCUGAUUGCAGUCAGUAACUUUCCGUGCCCCACCUGCAGAAAGACCUGCUACGUUUCGCCCCAGGGGCUUGAAGCCCUGCCGACCGAUUUCAGGAUUGCCCAGAUUUUGGACCUCAUGUCAGCCAUUGAAAGCUCCCUUCAGUCGCAACAAAAAAGUAAAACUAAACAAAAUUUUGAUUUUGGUAAUUGUUCAAUUUGUCGAUUUCAACGUAGAGAAAGACAUUCUGAAGGAUUUUGUCUGCAGUGUGAAAAGGCAUUCUGUUCUCAAUGUUUAUCCCAUCAUGGAAAAACAAAAAUAUUUCAGGAUCACGUAGUUUUAAAUGACAAACAAUUUGGAUCGAGUGAUUCUGGCAGUCAGAACAAGGAUCCUGAGAAAUGUGGUGAACAUGAUGCAGAUUAUAAAUAUUUCUGUGAAGACUGUUCUACUUUGUUAUGUACUGUGUGUUGUUUGUUCUCAGAACAUAACAGCCAUUCUAUCAAAGAGAAAUCAUCAGCUGUUUCACUUUACACAACACAACUAGCAGCAAUGGAAAGUGAUUUGAAAAGUAAACUAGCCAAGACACAGCCAAUGAAAGAGCAGUAUGAUGAGAUGAAAAAAGUCCAGAUGAAGAAUUAUGAGGAGUGUGAAAGUGAUAUCAAAGCAGCUGCCAAGCAAGCAGUUGCCACAAUUGAGAAAAUGGAAACUCAACUGUUGAUGAACUUAAUAAAUAAUCAUGACAAUUCUAUGCACGAAUUAAGUGAAGUUAGCAGCAAACUUAAUGCUAAUUUUGAAAUGUGUCAAAAAAAUAUUGAAUUAGUUUCGCAAUUAAAAUCUCAGCCAGGGAGUAGAGAUUUUUUUGUGGACUUUAACCAAAUAAAGCAAUCAGUUUCAUUGAUGCCAUCUAUGGAUAAUAUAAAACCAGCCAUCCAGCCAGAUACUUUUAAAUUUGUUUUAAAUUUAAAUGUUUCACUAGGAACUUUAGUUAAGAAUAAAAAAGUAGCAGAAUCAACAGCAACAGCUUCAAGUAGCAGCAAUCAAAGCACCAAAGAACAUUCAGUGAGAGAUCAACAAAUAAUGAGAAAGGAAUCAUUCAACAACAAAGAAAACAAAUCUGAAAAUUUGAGGUUCAAAAGAUUUGAUCCUUUACCUAAACCUGCAAAAAUUUCAAAACUUCAAGUCUCAACGUCCACAUUAAACAUUGACCAACCACCUCCUAAUUUGAAUUCAACUUUGGAUAGGAAAGACAGCUUGACAGUGCCAAAACAAGAGGCCCCAGAUAAAAUAAUCAAAACAUUGAGUAGAAGGUUGAGCGGCCGACUGUCAAGGACUGCCCUCCAAACGACAAUCGCCACAUCACCGAGUAGGAAGAAGUUGCAUUGGGUAGCCGAGGGAUUUUCACAAUGUCGAGACUGUUGUUUCAUGAAGUUGGCUGACCAAUGGCUUGUUGUUGCCUGCGACUACAAAGCCACAAAUGCAGCUGACCGCAUCAAAGCUUUUGAUUUGAAAGGCAACCUGCACCAUGCUAUCAACACGAGGCAGGUAGUUGAACCCUGGUCCAUCAUCUUCCAAUCAUCUGGAAACAGCAUCAUCGUCACCGACCAUGCAAGCAGGGCUAUCAAGAGGAUUCAACUGGACGAGUCAGGCAAAUGUUCACGUGUCCUAACAAUGAGCCAAUCAUAUUUGGACCGACCUACUGGAAUAUCAAUGACCAGGUGCGGGGACUACGUGGUCACCGACUCGGGGAACAGACCCCACCGACUGGCCGUCUACUUUCAAACGUCCAACUACGUCGAACGAAAACUGGAAUUUGGCAACAGAGGGAAGGGUGACAGCGAGGUUGGACUUUCAAAUUACGUGGUGGUCGACCACCGAGAUCGAGUCAUCGUCUCGGAUAUCGAGGAACGACACGUGAAAGUCUUUUCGGCUGAGGACGGUUCACAAAUUUUAAAGUUCAGUUGCAGUUGUUCGUUUGAUGGCACUAAAGAAAUGGAGCCCCAGGGAGUGGCUGUUGACGACGCUAACAACAUCUUCGUGGCUGAUCAGGCUAUGAGGGGAAUUGCCAUGUUCAGUGGUGAGGGCCAGCUGAUCAACAAUGUCGUCUCUACGAAGGGCUCGCCCUGGGGUCUUGCGUACCUCGACGAGUUGAGGAUUCUGGCUGCUGCCACAGAUAAGGGACUUGAAGUUUUUGAAUUAUAG